GAGAGAGAGAGAGAGAGAGAGAGAAUAAUGUUUCAAAAUGCACCCUUACUUUGUGGAUAUGUCAAUGAACUGGCAAUUCAUUUUCUUUUCAAAUACUUCUUUUCAGAUAUUGGAAACCGUCACAAAAACUACAAGCAAAUCCUAUUUUUUUAGAAAUAUGACUUCUUUAGGAGCAGCACUUUUUCACGUUUUUCUCUAUGGGUUUUUCGGUGCACCAUCACACCAGUUCUUUGUCAGAAACUGCAACCUCACCAUGUUGCCAAACGACACCAUGUGCCAUGUGUCGUGCUGUGACAUGGGCUUGAAAACUGUUCCAUUGCAGCUCCCCACUCACGUAAAGGAACUGGAUAUUUCCCGCAAUCACAUCUCAAAGAUCAAGGUGACAGACUUCAGGAACAUCUCAAAUCUAAGAGCUCUUAAUGUGUCUUACAACAACAUUUCAUGGAUAGAUGAUGGCGCAUUCCAAGAUCUUGUUCACCUGCAAGAACUUUUCAUGACUAGAAAUCAGCUAAAACAUAUAACCAGAGGCUGUCUACAGGGACUAGUGAGCCUCUCUGUGCUGCGAUUAGAUCACAAUAAAAUUGAGGACAUUGACCCAUCAGCUUUUGAUUCACUCUCCAAUUUGACACAUGUGAAUCUGGCAAAUAACCGGCUCAUAGUCAUGGAGUCUGUGAAGGGCAUUUUACACUUGCCAAAUUUAUUUGAGUUAAAAAUUGAAAACAAUAACAUCACUAGCUUUGUGUCUCAUAACCUUUCAACUAAACCUCUGCAACUACGCAGACUUGAUUUAUUUUCAAACCCACUGAAGAUGUUCCAGAUAACUAACAACAUCCUUCCAUACCUCUGCUAUCUGGAUAUCUCCUAUUGUGGUCAUAAUAGGUCUUUCCAAUGGAUUGUGGAGGAUCCAUCUUUUCUGGGCUCAGUGGAGACACUCAAUGUUAGCGGAUUACAAACAUCAGACGAUUUGACAGUAAAAAUCGUACAAACCUUCAAUUCAUCCCUGAAAAUGCUCCAAGUCAGUAGCUUAACAACACCACAUUUUGAGGACUUUUUAGACAGGACCUGCAGUCGUAUACAUAAACUUUACUUACUACAACCCAACAUCUCAGUACUUAGUGACCGAUUAUUCAAAUCGUGCAAUCAAUUACAAGAAAUACAAUUCAGAGACACCACAACAUAUAAAAUGUCCUCACUUGUGUUUGAGGGACUGAAUCAACUCCAGACACUAAAAGUAAGAAAUACAAACAUUACUGAACUCAAUAAUAUUACUCAUGUUCUGCCCACAGUUUCAUUGCUUGACUUUUCCAAUAACAAAAUAAAACAGGUCACAUGCUCUGAUUUCAGCAACCAUACAGUUUUGGCUAGGCUAUAUCUUUACAAGAAUCACAUUGACAAGAUUAGUAAAUGCACUUUCCACUAUCUUCCAAACCUUAAGUUGCUAUUAUUGGGGUCCAAUAGACUGUUAACUGUGAGAAACGCUUUUAAAGGUCAUCUCCCAAAACUGAAGACUUUGGACUUGCACAGCAAUAAGAUAACUAAACUACAUGACGGCACUUUCAGUAAACUGAGUGCUCUUCAAUAUCUACGCAUCUAUGAUAAUCAAAUAAACAGCAUAUCAAAAAAUGCAUUUGAUGGAUUAGUACAUUUAAAAGAACUGGUCCUUACUGCAAAUCACCUUAAACAAAGUGCAUUUUCAGAUCCAAGAAUUUUUAAUGGUUUGCAGAACUUGGAACUUCUGAAUUUGAAUGACAAUUCCCUACAGUUUGAAAGUCAAAAUCUUACAAAUCCACCAUUCACAAUGUUGAAGUCCCUUAAAGUGCUUAUGAUUACCGGCCAGAGGCAUUUCAUGAAUAUCUUUCCAUCUAACCUACUGAAAGGCUUGAGCUCUCUUAUUAAACUUCAUGGAGUGGACCUCAACAUUCAAUACAUUCACCCAGAGACUUUUGUGUACACUCCCAAGCUUCGGUACCUGGACCUAAGUAAGAACGUAUUCACGACAGAAAUGUCCUUAUCUCCCAAGAUAUUUCAACCCAUUGGUGCGCUGUCUGAGCUCCAUUUAAAACACAGUUCACUUCCAUCAUUAAACUUUAUAAUUGGUGCAAAUCUUACACAACUCAGAAGCCUUCAGGUGAUGAACAAUCAACUUCAGGGAUUCAACCAAACUAUAAUCGAGUCCCUUCCUAAUUUAGAGUAUGUUGACCUCCAAAACAACACAUUUAUUUGUGACUGUAGCAAUGAAUGGUUACUUCACUGGGCCAAAAAAUCAAAUCAGACCCAGGUAAUAUUCUUUAAUAAAUAUCAAUGCAGCUAUCCCUCAACAUUCAAGAGUCAAUAUCUAGAAAAACUAGAGACAAGCUCCUGCACCUUGAAUUUAGAGUUCCUCUACUUUGCAGGAAGCUCCUCUUUGGUAACUGUUACACUCUUGGUAUCUUUCAUUUACAACUUCAUGCGAUUUCAGCUGGUAUAUGCAUACUACCUUUUCCUUGCCUACCUCUAUGACAAAAAUAAAAAGCAGAGACAGAAGCAACAUGGCUUCAUGUAUGAUGCCUUCAUUUCCUACAACUCCCAGGAUGAACUUUGGGUCCUUCGGGAACUGUUGCCCAAUCUGGAGGCCGAACAAGGAUGUAGACUGUGUUUGCACCAUAGGGACUUUGAGCCAGGCAAGCCCAUCAUAGACAACAUUGUAGACGGCAUCUACAACAGCCGAAAGACAAUCUGUGUGGUGACGCGAAACUACUUGAGGAGCGAGUGGUGCUCCAGGGAGAUUCAGGUGGCCAGCUUCAGGCUGUUUGAGGAGAACAAUGAUGUGCUCAUCCUGGUCUUCUUGGAAGACAUCCCAUCACAACAGCUAUCCCCAUACCACAGAAUGCGGAAACUGGUGAAGAAGCAAACAUACCUCUGCUGGCCCAAACCAGGGGAGGAUAGGACCAUCUUCUGGCAAAAACUACGAAUGGCCAUGAACACCAAGAAAGAAGAAAAUCCCAUUCUUUUAGGACAGGAGUAGACUUCUUUGGAUUUCACUUUAUCUUGAUCUGUGUAUGGUUACACCAGUAAUGUGACAGGAAUGUGAUAAGAACUUUGGGAUACAUGGAAGUGUAAUGCUGAAUUUUAAAAUCUUACAGAGCAUUCUUUAAUUGAGUUCAAAACUUCAACUUUGUGUCUAAACAUCUAAAUAAUCUUAAAUGUAAUUGAUGAAAAUAAUGUUACAUAAGGGAUUUAAUUAAAUUAGUUAAUCAUGUCUUAAUGCAUGCAACUAUUGAUGUUAUUGUUUCAAAUCCUAAUCAUUAACAUACAUGUUUUAAGCUUUAUAAUUUAAAAAAGUUAAAAUAAUAAAAAAAUAAAAAGUAAUAAAAGGCAGUGCAAGUAGUCUUUUAAGAGCAUGCCUAUAUAUGCAACCAUAUUCAUUUCGAUUUUUGUUUUCUACUUCUUUCCUUUAAAGAUGUGGGCUCGUUUUUCAAUUGCAUUGUACAGUUUAUAGUUAAUAAUAUUAAAGUUGUAAAAAGAUGUGAAAUGAUU